AUGGAGCGUGUUGUUCUUGGUUUAUUAGCUUUGGCCGUCGGCUACCUUAUAUCGGCAAGUAUCUACAACCUCUUCUUCCACCCGCUGCGUAACUUUCCCGGGCCAAAGCUAGCAGCCGCUACGCACAUCUAUGAGUUCUAUUUCGACUGUAUCAAGAGCGGGAAAUUUAUAUGGGAGAUUCAGAGAAUGCACGAGGUCUACGGACCGAUAGUACGCAUCAACCCCCGAGAAAUCCACAUCAAAGACCCUUCCUAUUUCUCAGGAAUCUACAGCAACGGCAUCCAGGAAAAAGACCCAUUCAUCGUGAAUGUCGCCCCAUCCCCAGGCUCGUCCUUUGCAACCAUAGACCACAACCUCCAUCGAUUCCGACGCGGGAUCGUGAACCCCUUCUUUUCCAAACAGACCGUGGUGAAAAUCGAAUACAUUGUUCAAGACAAAGUCGAUAAAGCCGUGAAACGCCUCGAGCAAGCGAAAAUCGACGGCACGAUCAUCAAGACGGACGCACUAUUUUCGGUAUUGAUCGGCGACGUCAUUUAUCACUAUACCUACGGGGAGAGCCCCGGUAUGCUUGAGAAGGAAGAUAUGAAGAACGAAUUCCGGGAUGCUGUGACUGGCGCUAGCGUCUUUUGUCAUUUUAUGAGGUUCUUUCCGGUUCUCGUGAACCUGUUGGAAUCUAUGCCUUGGUUUAUUUUCUGGCUGCAGCCGAUGUACAAGGGAUACUAUGACAUGGAGCGAAAGCUAAAGGAGCAGAGUGUCUAUGCAUUGCAGAAUGCCGGGAAACAGCAUACAGGGACCAUUUUUCAUGCUUUAAGUGACCCAUCGCUACCGGCGGAAGAGAGAACGCCGAUUAGAUUGAAGAACGAGGCUAUGACGAUUAUGGGUGCGGGGACGGAGACGACUGCGAGGGUCUUGGCUGUGGGCUCGUUUCAUCUUUAUAGAGAUGAGACGAUGGUGCAGCGUCUACGGGACGAGUUGAGGACGGUGAUGCCAGAGCCUACUAGUAAGGCAUCCUGGGGCCAGUUGGAGAAAUUACCGUAUUUGACUGCUGUGAUCAACGAAUCACUCCGGCUCGCACACCUGCAACCCUUCGGUUUCCACGCGUGGCUCCAAAUAACUCGGACAUACAAGAAAUUCACUAUUCCACCUGGAACCCCAGUCAGCCGGUCAAUCUACUUUGUGCAUAUGGAUCCCGAUGUCUUCCCAGAACCAAAUACAUUCAAUCCGGACCGGUGGUUGGAAUCCUCGCAGAAGGGCGAGAGACUUGAUCGAUUUUUGGUGCCGUUCACGAAAGGGUCUAGAAUAUGUCUAGGCAUGAAUCUCGCCUAUGCGGAACUAUAUCUUAUGUUUGCGACCUUGGCACGACGCAUAGAUUUAGAGAUGCGGACUUCUUGGGAAGACAUCCAAGUGACGCGAGACAUGAUUUUAGGUGUGCCCGAGAACAAGGAUUUACUUGAGGUGGAGGCUGUUGUUACAGGGAUUGUCUACGAAUAA